UGCGCCCUGCAUGGAGCAUUAAAGGGGAGGAAGAAAGGAGGAAGAUGAUGAUGACCGUGAUGAUGAUGAUGAUGAUGGCGGUGGUGGAGGAGCGCUGAGGCCCGAACAGGGAGGAGGAUCCAGGAGAAGCUCAUCAAAACUGAGAGGGAAACCAAGUCACUGACCCCGCCCACACCGACCAGCACUGCCGCUCCCCUGCCCCAUCACUAUGGCUCGGUCACCGUGGUUACUAUGGAUGUGGGCCACCACACUCAUCCUCAUCAGCCCCUCCGAACAAGCUCUGAGCAGGGCAGCCAUGCCCUUCGGUCUGAUGAGGAGAGAGCUGGCAUGUGAGGGUUACCCCAUCGAGCUGCGCUGCCCAGGAAGCGACGUCAUCAUGAUCGAGACGGCCAACUACGGCCGCACGGACGACAAGAUCUGUGACGCCGAUCCCUUUCAGAUGGAGAACGUGCAGUGCUAUCAGCCCGACGCCUUCAAGAUCAUGUCUCACAGGUGUAACAAUCGCACGCAGUGCGUGGUGGUGGCCGGGGCCGACGUGUUUCCUGAUCCCUGCCCCGGAACGUAUAAGUACCUGGAGAUCCAGUAUGAGUGUGUUCCAUACAUCUUCGUAUGCCCGGGCGCUCUGAUUGGCGUGCUGGAGGUGAGUUUGGUGCGGGAGGCGGAGCAUCAGUCGGGGGCGUGGUGCAAGGAUCCGCUGCAGGCCGCAGACAGGCUGUACGUGAUGCCGUGGACGCCGUACCGUACCGACACGCUGUACGAGUACGCGUCCUGGGACGACUAUAGACAGGACCGAGUCACCACCACCUACAAGUUGCCGAGUCGAGUGGACGGCACCGGCUUCGUGGUGUACGACGGCGCCGUGUUCUACAACAAAGAACGAACGCGCAACAUCGUGAAAUACGACCUGCGAACGCGCAUCAAGAGUGGGGAGGCCAUCGUCACUAACGCGAAUUACCACGACACGUCCCCGUACCGCUGGGGAGGCAAGUCGGACAUCGACCUCGCCGUCGACGAGCACGGCCUGUGGGUCAUCUACGCCACAGAAGAGAACAACGGACGAAUAGUGCUCAGCCAGGUGAACCCGUACACGUUGCGGUUCGAGGGCACAUGGCAGACAGGGUUUGAAAAGCGCAUGGCGUCAGAUGCGUUCGUGGCGUGCGGAGUCCUAUAUGCCGUCCGUUCGGUGUACCAGGAUGAUGACAGCGAGGCGGGCGGGGACUACAUACUCUACUCCUACGACACGCGGCGUGAGAGGGCGGAUCCCGUAAACAUCGCCUUUCCAAACCAGUACCAGCACAUCUCGUCAAUAAGCUACAACCCAAGAGACAAUCAGCUGUACGUGUGGAACAACUACAACGUGCUGAGAUACCCACUGGAGUUUAGACCUCCACAACCCACUGCAGACCCGCUCUCGACUUCUCUUCUCUCCUCUACCACCGCUCUGUCACCUCUUUCCACCACCAUGUUCUUCGGCUUUAGCACGACCCCGCCUCUUUCCAUAACCUUCAAUCCUGCCGGGUCGAAAAACAGAGGACGGCCCAUUACGGUCUCAGUGCCGGUGACGAUGCGCCCACCACAGCAGCCUCAAGGGCCUCGUGUGCCUACUUGUGAGGGUAGAGUGAGUCGUGGGGUGCAGUGGCCCCAAACGUAUCGAGGAGAGACCGUCCAGAGACCUUGCCCUAAAGGAUCGCUGGGUUUAGCCUCUUAUCAAUGUAUGUCUGAUGAGGUGUCGUGGAACCCCAGAGGUCCUGACCUGAGUAACUGCACGUCACCGUGGGUCAGCCAGAUCGCUCAGAAGAUAAAGAGUGGCGAGAACGGGGCGCAUAUUGCCACCGUGCUCGUCAAUCACACCAGGGGGCGGGUCUACGCAGGCGACAUCACUUCCUCCGUGAAACUGAUGGAGCAGCUGUUGGACAUUCUGGACUUCCAGCUGCAGGCGCUGCGGCCCGGGAACAAGGACUCUGCGGCGCGCAACUAUAACAAACUUCAGAAGCGAGAGAGAACGUGCAGAGCGUUUAUACAGGCGAUGGUGCAGACGGUGGACAAUCUUCUGAGCAGAGAAGCUCUGGACUCAUGGCAGGACAUAAACAUGACAGAGCAGUCUCACACAGCCACCAUGCUGCUGGACGUGAUGGAGAAAGGCGCCUUCCUGCUUGCCAACAACCUUUACGAAGGCCGGUUCAGCGAGAGAGCACCGAACAUUGAUCUGGAGGUGUACGUGUUGAACACGGAGAUGGAGGUCAGGGAUCUAUUCUUCCCUCACUCGUACGACAGCGACAGCACCAUUCAUCUGUCGGCGGCCACCAUCAAACAGUACAGCCGCAACGGUCAGGUGAAGGUCGUGUUCGCCCUCUAUAAGAACCUGGGUCCGUUCCUGUCCACCCAAAAUGCCACGGUAAAGACAGAAGCUGAGCUGAAGCCAGGAGGGCGGACUUUAGCUGUCAACUCUCACGUCAUCUCCGCCUCCAUGAAUAAAGAGUCCAGUCGAGUGUUUCUGACCGAGCCGGUCACCUUUACACUUAGACACCUCCAGCUGGAUAACUACUUUGGGCCGAACUGUUCCUUCUGGAACUACUCGGAGCGCUCGAUGACGGGUCAGUGGUCAUCUCAAGGCUGCAGGCUGCUGUACAGCAACAACACACACACCACCUGCUCCUGCUCACACCUCACCAACUUCGGUUUGCUCAUGAACCACCACAAACCGGCAUAUGCGGGUGGCAUGCAGGCUCUGGUUCUGUUUGUGGUCUCCUGGGUGGGCAUGGUGAUCUCCCUGGUGUGUCUGGCGCUGUGCAUCUCCACCUUCUGCUGCGUGAGGGCCGUGCAGAGCGAGCGCACCACCAUCCACAAGAACCUGUGCCUCACCCUCUUCGUCUCGCAGCUCCUUUUUCUUAUCGGCAUGGAGAUGACCCAGUACACCGUGGCAUGUCAGGUGCUAGCUGCCCUGCUGCACUUCUCGCUGCUCUCCGUGUUCUGUUGGUUGUGCGUCGAGGCCGUGCAGCUCUACGUGCUCCUGGUGGAGGUCUUCGAGAGUCCGUCCUCGCGCAGAAAGUACUACUACACGGCUGCCUACGGCUUUCCCAUGCUCGUGGUAGCCAUCUCUGCAUCCGUCGACUACACCAGCUACUCCAGUACCACUGCUUGCUGGUUGCGUGUGGACAACUACUUCAUCUGGCUGUUCAUUGGCCCGGUCUCCCUCGUUAUCCUGCUAAAUCUGGUGGUCCUGGUGGUAACAGUGCACAGGAUGAUCCGCCACUCCACGGUGCUCAAACCCGACUCCAGCCGCUUCGACAACAUCAGGUGUUGGACUGUAUGUUCGGUCACUCUCCUUCUGCUGGUGACGUUGACGUGGAUCUUCGGCCUCCUCUUCAUCAGCGAGAAGAGUGCACUCAUGGCCUACCUCUUUACCUCCUUCAAUGCCCUGCAUGGCCUCUUCAUCUUUAUCUUCCACUGCGCCCUGCAGAAAAAGGUACAGAAGGACUAUGCUAAAUGUUUCCGUCAGUCAUCCUGCUGUGGCCACGUCUCCUCCGGUUCCAUCAAGAGCUCUGCCCACCGCGGCAACAACCGCUACUACAGCGGAGGCCAAUCGAGACAUGUCCCAGCGCACAGACAGGUAACACACUCGGUAGCGAUCCUAGAUAUCCUAGAGCAAAAUUUUAACAUGAGCAUGGGUCGUUACCCUCUGUGUUUGUCUGCUUGUGUUCAGAGCCGUAUCCGGAGGAUGUGGAACGAUACAGUUCGCAGGCAGACCGAGUCUUCCUUCAUGGCUGAUCUCAACAACACACCCACCCUUAAUAGAGGAACUAUGGGUAAUCAUCUUUUGGCCAAUCCGGUGCUGCAGACUCACUCCGGAUCAUCCCCUUAUAACACGCUGCUGGCUGAAACCUUCAACCCGUCCUCGCCGGCCGUCUUCAACUCCACCGGCACCUUCAGAAAUUCAAAGGGCACUCUUUCUCACAGUCGUGAAUCCUGCGGUCUGGAGCCGGUCCGGCUGAACGGAAACUACAACAACAGCUACUCGGUACACGGUGGCAGCUCCGACCUUCUCGGCAGCGUUGCGGUUGGAGAUGUCAGCCCCGCCCUUUUAACCCCGAGAGGGGCGGAGCCUCCAGGUGGCCUGCGCAGGAAUCUGUCGGACGCCGCGGCGCUGGAGAAGAUGAUCAUUUCUGAGCUGGUGCAGAGCAAUCUGCGACCUUCCAGCGAUCGCUAUGCCAAGUCUAAUAAUACCACCGAGACUACCCCAGAGCCGCGGGAUUACGCCACCGCGUCGAUGGGUCACAGAGAGCCCCCUCAGCGUCCUCUCCCCCGCCCGCCCCCGCCGCCUCCGCAGGAUGACGAAGAGCCGCUUUACAAGGGGCUGGAGAAGCCCCGACUGCCUGAGAAACCACGUAUCCCGGAUAAACCCCACCACCCGGAGAAGCCCCGUCUCCUGGAGCAUGUGCAAUCAGUGUUCUACCAGAGCGAGGAGGAUUCGGAAAGCUUCUCAGCCGAAAUUACGGACAGCGUGGCCGGAGUCGGGCCCGACUCCUCCUCCCUGUACGCACGAGACAGGGACUCGUCGUAUCCCGACAGCAGCCCGGAAGGGUUGGGGACUGAACCUCAUUCAGCCCUGCCUCCUGACGAGUUAUACUUCAGCACAGGGAGACACGCCCACGUCUCUGCUUUCUACCAGCCCCCUCCGCGACGGACCAAUGAGGAAGCCAGGCUGGGGCUGGACGCCGGCCACGGAGAGGCCGAUGGACAGAUGCAGCUGGUGACUAGUCUGUGACUAGGGCGCUGGUGACCAGGACAUGGAGAUCUAGGGGAGGAAAAGGGGAAUUGACCCCAUCGUCAUUAUCAUCUGUUACUUUUGUACUUUGCUGAUGUACACAAGUUAGUUUACAAUUUAGUCCCACUAGCAAAGCCGGAAUCUGACCUCGGUUUUACAGAAUUCCCUUACUUUUAUCGACAAAGAACCUUUCAAGAGUGCCCAAAAUAGCAAAUCGAGCAUUAGCUAUAGUUUACAGGACUCUAAGAAGCUCUAGGAAGACCUUUUAUGACCUUUCUAGUCAUCUCUUACCAGCUAGCUACCAGUCCAGCACCCAGGGUUCCGCCUGUGUGGUUUAUGCUACCAUGCCGCGCCAAGCAAGUUGCGGAAACAUCUUAAAACCUCUUAAGAUACAACUCAAGCACAAAGCUGAGCAGUUGAGCGCCAAGAGUCUCGAUUAAGGGACUGACGAUGGCUGUUUGACGAUUCUGGCUAGCUCAAAACAUUAACCCGCCAAGCUACCACUGCCCAACUUGUUUUUAAGAAUAGUGGGGAAAAAAUGCACAACUACUGAUCCAACGCAGGUGCUUCAUAUGGCCGUUCCAUUCCGCAGAUAACACAGGGCUAAUUAUAAGAUGCUAACAAAAUAGCGAUAGCGACAGUAUUCGUGAGUAACGACUGUGAAUGGACACGGUGCAACCUGAAAAAAGCACAUCCAGCCCAAUCACGAUGAUAAUGGCUUCCUCCUCUGAGUCUCUGUCUCUUGGUCACCUCCACACCCACCCUGACCGUCUCACUGCCAUCCAACGCUGUCUCUCUUCCUUCCAUCGUUAAUGCAUAUUCUGACAACCUGUAUUAUCUGUACCUCGUAUCGCAUCCGUUUCUCAUAAUUAUGAUCUCAUCCGCCGGGCUUUGUUCACACAGCAAACGUCUAAACUUCCCUUUAAUUCGGUUUAUAUUCUAUACGGUGACAAAUUUAAAGGCAAUCGAUCUUAAGUAAAGUAAGACUGAUGUAGAGAUAGAAGACUUCAGAGGCACAGUUGGCAGUUACCUAAGUUACCCAAGCGACAGUUGAAGUCAGAACCUUCCGUACCCUUUUUAGGGGACCGGUAUGCACCACCAACGUUUAGUCCAAAAAAGUGACAUAGGGUGCGUUCGAAAACCUAGCUCUCUCUCUACAUAGACUGCAUUUUACGUCAUCCUACGCAAGCUCUUGAGAAGGAGGCUGCUCGAAUUCUUAGAUACCUUGACAUGCUGCCUAGUGAGGUACCUUGAAUUCGAACGGUAUUGUGGCUGGAUAACGAGGGAGCAUCUGAUGCUGCCUGUGUAGGCAGUAGACAGCAAGGCACAAGGUUUUUAAAAACACCCACUGUGAGGUCAGGUAUACAGUUAAGGUAAUGGACUAGUAAUUGGAAGAGCACUUGAUCAAGCUCCCCCACUUCCAGGCUGCCAUUGUUGAGCUUUUGGCGCUCACUGGCUGGGAUUUUACUUGGUUACGCAGUUGUAAGUCACUCUGGAUUAAAUCAUCUACUACAUGGCAUAGACGUCAAUGGAAAAACCAAACAGAUUCUUUCCCAAAUGGUCAAAUACAGUUAAAAGUGGCACUCCCCAUAGUCAGCCAUCAGCAUCAAGUGCUAAAUCAAGCUGAAAUUAGGAUUUUGGAAUGGUUUUCCCAAACACCCCACCUUAACCAUGUAGAGGUAAGUCAAGUCCCCUCUAGAAAACCAAAAAUGGUCAAAGAUUCAACCAGAGUGUAACCAAAUACCAGUUGCCUUGCCUUCAAAACAGACGCAUCAAUAAGUGUUCUGACAUCAAUUGAAAUCAACUGGGGGGGAACUGUCUAUGUACUGUGUAAAGGUUUAAGCAGGUGCCCUUAUUUUCGGGGUCCAGUUUAGGCAUCUUGAACCUGAAACGGCAGUCUGGCUCUGACAUGGCAGUGUAAGCGGUAAAAUGCUAAGCAACCGAGACCCUUGUCCUUCCAAGUAGUCUGUAAAUUGAACCCUGGCACUAUGGAUCGCCCAGCCAAAUUGGUAAGCCGUUUACACAGACAAAUCUCCUCCCCGUGUGAAUUAGGGGGUCCGAUUGAAGCCACUCCUGGCUGCAGUGUGAACGGAGCCCGUGCUUCCAUCUCUCCGUGUCCUCUCGGUCUUUCUCAGGGUGGAGUGGUGGAUCGGCGCCGCGAUCGUUUCGUUCCGUGUACUGCUUGUUCGUUUCCUGUCCCCAAACCGUUUUGAAGAAUGUGACGACUUUGUCAAGAGUAACUGGACUAAAAAAGACUUGACAUUGCCAAAAAUCUCGUACACACACAAGUACUUUUUUUUUUUUCUUCGUCGCGACGGAGCAGGAGUUUGAACUCUGACCUGCUCGGUUACGAAUAAACAAACAGACAAACGCAGGAACGACGGACCUGACGGACCUCUACAAGCCUCGGCUGAACGGUUCUGAGCUCGAGGCUUCGUUCCCUAACUGUUUUCUAGACUGUGAAUGCUGUCACGACCACAAGAGCGAUUCUGUUGUGUUCCUGGUGUAUAUAGCAGACGAGGGAAGCGAUUGAAACUCUUGUAAUACGUAUCUACCGAAAGUCACGAACAAGUAACGUAAACGGAUGUGUAGGUGAUGUGGACGAUUCUGUAUCUUCUCUUCCUCUAUAGUCUAUAUUCCACUUCGUUCUUCCCGUCUCCCCCUCAGUCCUUCCCUUACUUCCCCACGUUUUCCUGCUUUGUCUUUUACUUUUUACUUUCUUUUCCUCCCUUUUCAAGCAGGUAACAGAAGGACAGGGUUUUGUUAACGACAUAGACGAGAAAUGUGUUUUUAUAAGAAAAAAAUAAAAUAAAACCCAUCCACUA